AUGAAUUAAAAACUUUGGAUCCAAAUUCCUAAUGAUAUAAAGUGGAAAAAUGAAAAGCCCCUCUUGAAAUCUGAAUUUAUUAAACUCAAAAAGAACAAACCAAGAGUCUUGUAUGGUUAUGAUCACUACAUUCUUCUUGCAAAAGUAUUCCAGAUUUAUCAUAUUCUUAAGUCUCAUGAUCAGCCGCCUUGUAAAUAUCUGAAACUGGAUUUCGAGACAAAAUUUGAAAUCAUUAGAACACAAGUACAAAAAAAAGAUGAAGAAGAUGACUCCCUUGGUCAGAUUAUUGGAAUGAUAUUGAUGAGAGAUUUUGGAUAAGCAGAACAUCCUACCUAUAAAUUGUAAGGGAAUGAAAAAAUAAUAAUACAAUGGAGGGAAUUCUUUUAAUCCAGAAUCAAUUAAUGGCAAUUUCAUUCACUUUUUAGAGUAUUCAAGAAAAUUGGAAAGGGCAACUUUGCAUCUGUACUUUUAUAUUAUAAACUCCUAGGUUUACUUGGCUGAACGAAUAGAAGAUGGUGUCUAAAUGGCAAUCAAGGCUUUUUCAAAAUAAGCUGCUUAUGCAGAAGAAAAUGGAAAAUAGGCUAUCGUAAAUGAAUUGUCGAUCAUGAGAAAACUAAAUCAUCCUCAUUUAAUGAGAAUGUAUGAAAUCUACGAAACCAGCAAUUCAUUAUACGUCGGAUUGGAAUUGCUGUAAGGAGGCUCACUCUAUGAUUUGAUUAAAGAAAAGGCAAUCCUUUCAACAAAAUAAAUAUAAUAGAUAAUGGUAGGAAUCUUAUAAGGGUUGUGUUAAAUGCACCAGAAAGAAAUUAUGCAUAGAGAUUUAAAAUUAGAAAAUAUUUUAUUUAAAUAAUCAAAGUAUUGUAUUAAUCACAAUAAUAGAAAAAUGGAUUCGGUAGUAGUAGCUGAUUUUGGUUUAGCUACACAUGUAAAUGAACCUGUUUACUUAUAUUGCAGAUGUGGAACCCCAGGCUAUGUUGCCCCAGAAGUCAUCAACAUGAAAGAUAUGAAAGGUCACUAUAGUUCAGUUUGUGAUAUCUAUAGUCUUGGCCUAGUAUUUUACUUAUUAUUAACUGGUAAACCGCCGUUUCCUGGUAAAAGUUAUGCAACAGUUGUCAAAUAAAACAGAGAAGCUAAUGUUGAUUUUUCAAUUAAGCAAUUAUAAAAUGCUCCAAACUCUGCUAUUGAUCUUUUAAGAAAAAUGCUUGAGAAGGAUCCUUAAAAGAGAAUAACAGCUAAUUAAUGUUUGUUGCAUCCAUUUCUCUAAGAGAUGAAUUAAAUAAUGCUUGAUGACAAUCAAAAUGAUUUCAUUGAGGAAGGGGAAGAAAAUGAUCUAUGUUCAAGAAUGAAUGCAUUAAACGAAGAGUAUUUAUUGUAUUUAUAAAAGAUCCGUUAAAUUUGAUGCUUUGAGAAAGAAUUAAUUAAUCAACUCUCCAUAGUCUUCUCCUGGAGUGCUAGCAACAAAGCAAUUGAAAUAAUAAAAAAAUAUUGAUUCCCAGAACUCUUUACAAAUGAACUCCCCACUAUUUACUGGAAAAACUGACAGCGUUGAUUCCAUCCCUAAUAUUGGACUUCCAUAGGCUAAAUAAUAAAAUUCUUUUUAAGCUUCCCCUUAGAUUAAACCUUCUCGCUUUAAAUAGUAAAUAAAAACCAUUUAUAUUUUUAGAAACAUUCCCCAAUAAAUGUAAUAAUAAGAUAAUCCGUUAUUAAAAUAUACCAAUAAAAAAGAAUGAAAUAAGUUGUCCAUGC